AUGUCAGAAAACCAAAGCUGUGAUAAAACAUUUUUAGUGAGAACAAGUCAGAGUACCGUGGUUGAUUCAGAAUCCAGUGAAAUGACGUCAAUUAUGACCACAAAGGAAUUCAAGGCAACGUCGUCCUAUGCAUCACAAUCACAAGAUAAACAUACACCCAAGUUAACAGUAUCACAAGGAAUAUCCAGUACAGACUGUUCGGUGUCGACUUACUCAGACACUGACAUAUCUAUUCCAACGUAUACUACUGCUACGAAACACUCAGAACACACAGUUAACACAAAAGUAACACAAAACUACAUCCAUCCACAACUCUUUCCCAAACGUUUCAUUAUUCCUCCUGUGGAAAUGAAUUUCUUUCGAUUCACGUUUCUGAUUCUAAGAAGAGCGCCUAAAGCAGUAAGAACGUACUUUGAUUCCCGUCACCCACCGUUACAGUUAAUGACAGAUCUUGCCGUCAAAAAAGAUGUCCUUUCAGCUCUGAAGGGAAGAAUUAUCUCCUCUCAACAGUGGAAGACCCUGUACCCACCCUCAGGAUAUGUAAACUCAAGGCAAUUCGACGUCACAUUGCUGAUCCUCCUUCUACGGUAUAUGACGAAUGUCCCUGCUCCUGCAACGGGUUUUGACAAGCUGCCUUUACAGAAAGAUGACAGUGUUGGAGCAGACCUUGCCAGAAUAAAGCAUUACAGAAACCUUGUAUCUCAUUCAAACAAUGCAAAACUGACAGAAAAAGACUUCAAUGACUAUUGGGCAGAAAUUGAAAGAGUUAUAGGAAGAUUAGGUGGUGAAUCUCAACUGCUAGAAGCUAAGUCUUUGAAGGAAUCUCUUAUUGAGGAAAAAGAUAGGGAGCUUUUGUUAGAAAUAAACCAGUUAAGAGCCCAGUAUCAAGAAACUAUUCCACCAAAUGUCAAAGAGCAAAUCGGUGACAAGCUAAAUAUAUGGUCAGAAGAUGACACUAAAUUUUAUGAAACCCGAGCAUGUAAAGAAGCUGAAAUGUUAAUUCAAUCCGAAAAAUGUGUAUCUAUUGUUGGAAAUGCUGGAGCUGGAAAAUCUGCCAUUGUACAUCACAUUGCAUUAAAAAUGCAGAAGUAUAAUUAUGUCGUCCUGCCAAUAAAAGUUCCGAGCGAGUUUCUACAAUAUUUCGACGCACAUACCGACCAAAUAUUUGUCAUAGAUGAUCCAUGUGGCGAGAAGUGCUUAGACAUUCAUUUAGCAAACGAAUGGAAAAGAUAUGAAGAAGAUAUAAUGCGUUCCCUAUCAAAAAACGAUAAAACUCGAAUACUGGUUUCAUGUAGACUUUCAAUUAGUCGUACGCAUCAUUACAGAGACAUUAAACUGUUUGGGGAAACAGAGGGCGAAGUGGUCAAUCUAGUUUCUGAGAAAUUUUCAUUCACGAGAGAAGAAAAGAUGGCAAUCUUUAAAUCCCACACUCGGGAUGAAUUUCAAUUGAACAAAUAUAUUCUGGACUUGCAUGAUUGCUUUCCUUUAUUAUGCAAACUCAUUUCAACCAAUAAGAAUUUUAAGAAAAACAUAAAACGUUUUCUGAAAUUUCCAUAUAAAGAGUACUUUCUUGAACUAGAUGUUCUGAGACACCAUCCGACGCCGUACGAAUACUGUGCUCUUGUGUUAUGCAUCUUCUUUGACAACGGAAUUCAAGUUUCACACUUACAAAAAGGGAAUGAUGAGAAGAUCGAUAAAAUAUUCGAUGAAGUUUACGACGAGUGCUGUCUAGAACAAGGUACUUCCAGAAAAAGAAUAAAACUAGCUUUGGAAGCAUUGACAAAUUCCUUUAUAAAAAAGGAGGGUGAUACUUAUAAAUUUCUGCAUGCCACAUUGACAGAAAUUAUAGCUUGUCACUUUGCAAAGGAAUCUCUUCAUCUCUUGAUAAAAUUUGCUCCUAUGUGGAUAUUGGACGCUAGACUUAGAAAUCCAAGUUGCAUGUCAGUUAAAGAUAAGGAUGAGACUGAAUACUUUAUCUUCUUAAAUUCACUUUGUAAACCUGCUCUUGCUGAAAGAAUAUUACAUCGUUUGGAAUCAGAAACCAUCUGUUCAGAUAAUGAGGAUUCUACGGAAGAAACAGAUGUUCAUGAUUUACUGUUUAAUCUUUGCUUUCCUGAUGAUGAAAUAGAAACACUUUUAUUCAAUGGAUUGAAGUCAAAUGGAAAAUUAAAUAACAUUUUGCAGAAACGAAGUUGUAUCGGAAAUACAAGAAUCAUGGAUUAUAUAGAAUACAAAAAAGAAUUGAAAAAACAGGAAUCAGCAGAAGAAGAAGUACAGGAACUCGAAAUACCCCAUGAGAAAAAUUGGAUACCGGUUCGUAACCUGACAAUAAUAGCUGUCUAUAACGAGAGCCUUAAUUUUGUAACUGUGCCGUGUUUGAAAGGGAAGAAAGACAUUUUAGAGUUUCUCCUCACUGAAGGAGUUUGCGACAUGCAUGACUUAAACAAGUUAAGUUAUUACCAAAACCAGUCAGUGACACCUCUUAUUGCAGCCUGUAGAAUUGGUCAUACUGAUAUUAUAAACUUGUUGAUGAAGAAUGGAGCACUUUUGAAUAUGAAAGACAAAAAUGGUAAUACCCCUCUUGUUGUAAGCUGUGAAAAAGGAUACAACGAAGUUGUGCAAGUUUUGGUGGAGAAUGGUGCGGAUUUGGAAGAUAGAUGUUGUUCAAACAUGUUUGAUAGCCAUUUUAUUCUAGACAUAUUUGAAGAUGAAUUGGAAGAGGAGGGUUGGUCAGCACUUUGGUGGGCGUGUUAUGGAGGUCACUUAACAAUUGUCUCGUAUCUGCUUGAUAAAGGUGCAAAUAUUCACAAUACAAAUAAAGCAGGUAAAACUCCUCUCUGGGCUGCAAUACAGAGUAAAAAUUAUGAGGUGGUUGCUUUACUCAUGAAAAAAGGCUUCAAUGUAAAUGAAAAAGAUAAGAAUGGAAGAACGCCAAUAUGGUGGGCUUCAAAUGUAGGUCAGCAAGAAACUCUUAAACUCUUUCUCGAUCUGAAAGGAAACGUCAACAUCUUCGACAAUAAUGGCAUAUCCCCAUUAUACACAGCAUGUUACAGGAACCAUUUUAAUACCGCAGAGCUGUUGAUAAAACACGGCGCGAAAAUUAAUGCAAAUGAUUCUUUGCAACCUUCGCCCUUAAUUGGUGCUUGCUGCAUAAAAGACAUUGAGUUGGUUUCCCUACUCAUUAGAUCUGGUGCAGAUGUUAACAAUACAUUUGAAGGAAUAUGCUCUCCUCUCUCUAUUGCAACAUGGUCUUCAUUCCAGAGUGGAAUGACUAUCUUGAUAGAAAACGGAGCAAAAAUCAACAUGAAGUUGAAUAAGGGACAAACUGUACUCAUUCAAUGUAUAUGGAAUACUUAUGAUGUUGCUAAAAAACUCCGUUACAGGUUACAUGAUAUAAGCGCAGAAGACGAUUUAUGCUUUAAUUUCGAUCCUGAUAGGUCUGAUAACUUUCCUGCUCUUGUGUCUCUUUUAAUCAAAUACGGAGCUGAUCUGGAUUGUCAAAAUGAAAAUGGAUCAACAGCACUUAUGGGUGCUGCCCAAUACCAUAGAGAGUGCACAAAAAUUCUGUUAGAGUGUGGAGCUAAUGUUAAUUUUCAGGAUAAAGAUUCGCGGUCCGCUUUACAUUUUGCAUGUUUUAGUCAGAACCAUGCAACAAUUUCAUUGUUGAUAGAAUACGGAGCAAACAUAAACGCAAAAGAUAAAUAUGGAUUUACGCCAUUACAUUUGUCAUGCGAACUUUUAGAUGAAAAGACACUCGACAUUCUUUUAAAAAACGGAGUUGACAUUAACGUGAUUGACAACAUGGGAUUUACUCCUUUACUUCGUUUUCUUUACCUUGAAGCAUAUAGAAUGAAUAAAGGCAGUAAAAAGGAUAAUGAUUUUAAUGUAUAUGAUAAGAAGAAACCAAGAUCAGAUAGUCUGGUUGCAAUCACUUUGAAACUACUAGACCAUGGGGCUGACCCGAGGGUCAAAUCAAGGGUGUACGGGGAUUUACCCUGGGUUGUAUUCCAUACACCCAGAGGCCGAAGGGUGUAUGGAAUACAACCCGGGGUAAAUCCCUGA